AGACAUAUAUUAUUAUCUGGUUUCGAGGUGUCCUUCCGUUUGACGCUGUUUUUUGAGAAUCAGGAACCCGCCUUACACAACUGCCUUCCUUUAAGUGUGCUAGCUGUGCGCUAACCGCGGGGAGAUUCCGCUCUCCGGCAAUAAUCUCGCGCACAUAUUCCCGGUCUGUCGCGUUAAACCGGUAAAACGUUAAACCUCACAUUAAUACCACCGCGUGCGUGUUUCUCACAGAAAGCCGGUUUUAACGUUGAAGUCGCCAGCGAGCUGUUUGUCAGUCUCGGCGCUUCCGUAUACAUCUCCACGUCACUCGCUUCCAGUUAAGUUUGAUGUUUUUCCAUGAGCAGCGUGCGGAGAGGACUUUGAUUUGCUUGUGCCUUCUGUCCUAGCAAAUCAAUGGAGAAGCUUCAAGAUCUCACUCAGUCCGAGUUGCAGGAUUUGCUGGACAACUCGGAGCGGGUGGAGUCUAUGGCAUUGGAAUCUGAUGAGAUUCAGAAUAUUCAGCUGGAGAGGGAAAUGGCCCUGGCUGCCAACCGUAGUCUGGCAGAGCAAAACCUUGAUAUGAAGCCCCGCCUUGAGACGGAGAGAUCACGGCUGGUGGAAAAAUACACUGAACUUGAGGCAGUGAGAGAGAAAUACAAACAGCACUGUGUCCUUAGAGACAGUAUAAUGGGGCAGGUGUCUCCAGAGGCGCUAUUAUCUCGUCUGCAGAUAGAGGGCGACAACACAGAGGAAGAAUCUGAGACUCUAGCAAAUGAGUUUCUGGAAGGUUCGAUAACAUUGGACUCUUUCCUCGAACGCUUUCUUUCCCUCCGUUCCCUCACUCACACGAGACGGAUACGUAUUGAAAAGCUGCAAGAAAUUCUCAGCCAAAAAAGCAAAGGGAUAAGUGAUGCUGCAAUGACAUCACAACCCUCUGCCAAUCAGGAUGCUGGAUCAUCAUCAUCAUCAUCGCCGUGGCAACAACAGCAGCCACAGCAGCAACAGAGCUCCAAAAUGAAUCCACCCUCCAAUGCCUCCAGUUCUGCUCUUCCUUACAGCCCCUACCCUGUUGUACCACCCCCCAACCACCCCCCUUCAGCCACUGCAGCAGGCCCCACCAACUCUAGCACAGCGUUUCAGCCGUACCCCAGCCAGGGUGCCCCUUACCCUGCAACAACCGGCUACCCCGGCCCCGCUCUUGGUCCCCCAGUUUGCCCAUACCCCACGCAGCCCAGCCAGUUUCCUGGGCCACCGUUUGGGCAGUUUGGUCCCGCGCCUGCCCCGUUCCCACGUCCAUACACGUAUGGAGGGUAUGCCUACCCCACAGGCCCACAUGGGCCAUCAACCCAGUCACCAACAGGUAGACCUCUCCAUAGGCCAGGUUUCGGGGUACCACAACAAUACUCCUGAGCCACUCUACGUACGUCCCUGUCUCUUCUUUUCAUUAUUCUCCCUCUCGUCUCUCGCCCCUCUCCUCCUCUUGCGCUGCCUUUUCCGUACCCUCAGAUUUGUGGUUUGGGUACCCAUGUCACAUCCUGUUCCUGUCUGAGGCUUAUAAAGAACACUUGAGAUUGGGUAAGCGUGUGCUUGUUCCCCCCAUGAAACCUUGGUGAAAGACUCUGUAUGGGAUUCACAGGUUUUGAUGGCUCAGAUCCUGUCCAUUUUAAAGCAUGUAUUUCAAAUCAAUCUCGAUUAUAUUUGAUGAUUAAAUGCAUUGUUUUUUUGAGAAAAUUGUGUUGCAGCCGAACUUUGUUUGGCUGUGCUUCAAGAUUGACUCAACAUUGAUUCAACUCCUACUGAGAUAAACAGGUCACACACUACACCAUAGCAUUAGGCUUAUCUCUUGUCUAUGUAGACCCUUGUUACUGACAACAGUCCUAAAAAGCACAGCUUCAUCUUUUCAUGUGAUCUCUUAAGCUGAGCUUGUUUAUUUAGGCAACUUUCAGGUGGGCAAAUUUGGAAUCACCAAACUUGAAUUCACCAGUUUUGUAAAACGUGGCUGGGUGCAAUAAGUCCUGUGACGAAUGCAUAGAUCACUCCAACUUCAUCCAAUACCUGUUUUGCUUAUUUCUUCGCUCCACAUAUUUUAAAUACGGCUUGGCAAUGAUCAGAAGGGAUAGAUUAUUAAGUCCUCUAGUGGACACAGUGUAAUUUGUGUUAAAGGGAACUUAAAGAGUAAGAGAUAUUAAUAUAGACAUAUCUUUUAUCUGCUAUAGCACAUGGUUAUUGGGUGGGGGGGUGCAGGUGAGGCAUAACAUAGCACAGAGCAUAUGCAAGACAAUAGGCGUGCUUCUGUUCGUAAUAUAGCAUUCAGUACCUACCAUCAAGGUACAGAAAGACUUUUAUAGUAAAACUAUGCAGAUAAACGGCUGCAUCUUUUACACGCAAUGAGGUGUAUCGUGUUUUUCAAUGAAUCAAUUGGAGAGAAUUGAAUCUUGAACCAUAAUCUAAUAGUCUACAAACACUCCCAAGCUAUGAAAUGCCUUGGCCUCACCCACAUAAAGGCCUGUUUGUGUCAUUUUUAAAGGUGUUACAUAGUCUCCCCCAUGACUGAAGUGUUUACCUGCUCCUUGUUGACCAACCAGAGGACCAUGUGAAUCACACAAGCACUCCACACUAACAGCCCCUAACUUUUUGGCAACAGAAGCUGGGAGCGGGUCAGCUUUAGAAGGCGUGCGGGGUCUUUCUUUAUUUUUGUACUUUAAAGCAAUUCAAAACCAGAGGCGUCCUCAAUCAAGCCUCGGGUGGCUUUAUCUAAUUCAUGAACUCAGUAAAUAAGACUCAGGUUUGUAGCAAAACCCCCACGUUUGGUUUAGGUACCCUCCCCAGGCCCUGAAGCGCGGGAGAGUCAAAUACGACAGGAGGAUGAGAAAAACAAAAGAAUUGAUUUUCUUAGCACAUUGAUUUGCAGCAUUAGAGGAAUUUAUUCUAUUGCAUUGGUUGUGAUGACUGUAGCCUGUUAAAAGUGUAUUUUUAUUUUUAUUGUCCUUUUUUUCGGGUGUGAAAAUUAA